AUGCCUCCCACCAAGGUUUCCCGUGUUUCCAGUUCCGGAGGAAUCAUGAAAUUCACUCCUGCGAAAUCCAGGCCUUCCUCACAAGUGAAAUCAUCCCUCCACAGCCCAGCUCAGAAGAGAGAAUCGUCGAGAAUGCGAGACAUUGAGAACACAACGGACGGGUCAAACUGCAGGAGCGGGAGGAGAAGCACGUCCACCACGCCCAAGAAAAAGGAGGAAGAAGUCGAGGAGAAGCGAAUGCGCAGGUACAGAAGCAAGCCUACAGCUUCUUUCCUUGUGAAGCUCGAGCGAGCCCAGACUCAACGCAUGAUCGUGCUCGGUCGCAAACGCAGUCUGAGAGCAGGGGCCCCAUCGGAAGAUAUCGACAUUGUUGGUUCGACUGGAAAUGUCUACACGGUCACCAUCAGCCACUUGCCAACCUGCACCUGUCCCGACUCGCUGAGAGGCAACGAAUGUAAACACAAAGUCUAUGCCCUUCACACCGUCCUCAAGGCUCCUCUACAUCUCCAAUACCAGCUUGCCCUGCUGACGUCGGAGCUGGAGGAGAUAUUUGCCCACGCGCCUGCCAUCCCCACCGAUGUUUCUGACAACCCGAAAGGCAACCGCAAGCCCACCGAUGGAGAAUGUCCAAUAUGCUACAUGGAACUUGACGAGGAGCACAACGAGCUGGUCUGGUGUAAAGCGCAAUGUGGACAUAACACACACAAGUCAUGUUUUGAUCAGUGGGCCAAGAGCCAAGCGGGCAAGGGCGUUCGUUGCGUCUACUGCAGGACACCCUGGGAAAUGGACGUCUCGGACGUUGAGGCGAUCAAAAGGGCUGGCGAACAUACCCAAGACGGCUACGUCAAUGUUGCCAAUCACUUUGGCAUGUCCAGCGAAAGAGAAUACUCGAGCUAUUAUCAGCCUUGGGUGCGACGCCAGUUUGGAUGGCGGCAUUGGUGA